GGGCUAGAAAAUAAUAAGCCCAGUACGACCUGACCCUUAUCCCCGUAAAAAUCCAACACCAUCCAAUUCCAGUCACCAGUACCACCACCGAGUGUAUGACCAUGGCGCUUCGCUUUCUCGCCCAGGUCCCGGUGAUGUCACCCUUCCCGUCAUCUUCAAAAUCCGGCAACCUAACCUCCUCCGUCACACUGCAACCUCCACGUCUCAUUCACCUGAAGAUCAAGAUCAAGAGAAAGCCGCCGCUCCUCACUUCAAUCAAAGCCGUCGACGAAAGCCAAGCAAACUCUGACACCACCGAGGCAAAAGAAGAAGAGCCGUCGCCGACGGCGAGUGGAUCCGGCGAUUUGGGGUCGGAGAUAAAGAAGGCGAUGGAGGAGAGGAAGGAGAAGGAGAAAGAAGGAGGCGGCGGCGAUUUGUUUAGCGGAGUGGCGGAGGAGGUUAGGGAGAUAGAGUGGCCUGUGUUUGGUCUCAGUGUUGUCGGCACUGUUGUCACUAUGCGCGUUGUGGAUAGACAUGGAAGAAGAUCGAAGGUUGAUGAUCAUUUCAAUGGUUUCAUUUUCAGUCUCAAUCCCUGCUACUCGAAAAACCCAUCAACGCAAGCGUUGUCACUAGUCUUGAGAUUGCCGUAGGACCCUUUUGAGGCUCCAGAUCAUAAAGGGACUUGAUUUUGUUCUGGGUUUCUGACUUGAUUUUAUU